GGCUAUCCAAUCGUGAUUGCAAUCUGGUCAACCUCAGCGUUUCUGAUAGCUUUGGAACAGCACUCUAGACAAAACAAUGAAUAUCAAAUAGCACAGCCGUUUUCGUCUCCAUGAUACAUGGACGGACCAUUUGAUAAAUCAUGCUGCCACGUGGACGCGCCAAAGGUUCGCAUCUGAGGCAAGUUAGCACCCCAAGCAUUGCAACAGCUUCGACGGGGACGACCAAUCUGGAUCAAGACCGAGUAUAUGGGCCCUCGAAGACAAGUGCUACAGGCCUCAGCAAUCGUCCCUGCUCUCUAUGGGUUCAUGAUGAUAACUUCUCGAGAGAAGAUGUGCUAUUCAAUGUCGGUGCUUUUAGCGAUCUAGGGUUAAAAGCGGGAGAUCUUGUUGAGCUCUCUUCCCCCCGUCUUUCACAAGGGGACCACCAUGCAUCUUCAAACAGACUGGAUCCGAGUGGGAGAACGCUACGAGAUUCAGGUGAUUCCGAUCCAGGUUCCGACGCCGCUGCAAAGCGCGCUGCUGACCACAAGCCUCACUCCCCAGCCAAUCGAUGGUACCUAUUUCUAGUCAAACCGCUAUCGGCAGAUAUUAAAGCCAGGCACCCAAAUCUACAAAUUUCGAUCACAAGUAAUAUUGCCAAUAUUUUUGGAUUCAAAAACCACUCCCAGGCUUUGAUAUCUCUCAAAGAUCGGUCGCAGUGCACCGCUUCUCACGUGGAGCUCAUUUUUCGAGACCAGUUUCUGGUCCGAUCUGACAUGUGGAGGUUAGUCAUGUCAGAACUCGCAGAUAAGCCUGUCUAUAAGGGACAGAAGAUCGUAUUCAUGGGAACCAUCAAAGCAACGGUUAAGUCCAUAUAUAUCGACGGCAAAAAAGUGCCAUCUGGUUACUUUGCCCCGCAAACGAUACCAAUCUUUCGGAGCGAAUCUGCUCGAUAUGUCCUCUUCAUUCAAAUGUCGAAGGAGAUGUGGGACUUUGACUCCGAAGGUACUGGUGACAUUCUCUUUAGUCGGGUCAUCAAUAGCCUUCUGCCGGAACUCUUCAAACGUUGGGCUGGCAUCGAUGCCCACCAUCUGGUGACCAUUGUUUUAUUUACUAGAGUCCAGUAUGAUCUCUUAGCGGUAGAUAAUCUCGGCUCUUCUUUCCUCAUCAAUAACUUAAAUCGAACCACCCAUGAUUCCCGACUAGAGAGUCAGGAUUUCUAUCGCGUUGUGGUCAAUGAUAUGCCAAGUGGCAAGUGGACGGCAAUUUUAGAUGAAUUAAAGAAGGAAUUCAGGACUUUCCUCCGGGACGUGUCUAUCCCGCCAUCGCGCUUCCCAGACUCACCGACAUCGGCGGAAGACAUGCUCCCGGAAAAUCCGAAGCACCCUCCAAGUAUAUCUGGAAGGCCGACUUCUGCCCUGCGCGGGAAUAUAUUGGAAGCAAUAAAUAUUGCGUCAUCGUACUUGGCAUUUGAGCAUAUUGGUCGUGACCUUAUUAGGACAGGCACGUCAAUCGUUGUGAUAUCUCCUGGGACAGGAGUGUUUGAAGUCGCUUAUGAGGCACUAGCGUUGACUUCAGAGGUCCUCACAAGUCGUGCCAUUGGAAUUGAUCUGAUAUGCUUGAGUCCCAUGCCAUUGCAUUCAGUUCCACUAUUUAAGUAUCGCCUCCCGAGUGACCAUACUUCGAGGCCGGGUAGUUCUAUCUCCAGGGAUUCGCUCCUCCGUCCGUCCCCCUCCGAUUCUCACUUAUCUGGGAGCUUUUCGAGUAGAAUUUCCGGUCCUGGAUCGUCAAAUGCUACACUCGGACCUCUACCAAAACCAGCCCCGGUCGUUGACGACUGGCGUUACGGGAUUCCCCAUUGGAUUGACAUAUCCUAUUGGGAUCCGAAAAUUUACCGCGACAGACGAACCGCUGUGAAUAAAGUCACAAAAUCCCCUGCCGUAGGCACAAUGAAAAAGCAAACAAAUACCUUUAUUCCAAGGGUCAGGAUGAAUGAAAUUCAAAUGAUGGGUGUUAUGGAAAGCGAACAGUCAAAUAUCUGUGUACCGUAUCUAUCUUCAGCUGACGUCCGCCUUCAAAGGCGCUCUGGCUCAUAUGCAUCUCCGCACGGAUCGUAUAAAUCUCCGUUCACAGAGAGUGGGGCCGGAUCUUUGAUGUCAACUUUCAAGGAUUCGAAAAAGAAUAUUUUAUCCGUGCCUGCGACACAGCGAAAAAUGCUAGAGUGGAUGGAUUUUUAUGAUAACUCAAUCUUUCAUACAACUCCCACAGAGCGAAUGGUACGAAGAGCUUCAAAGGCUAAGCGCGUUGAUUUUGAGACACCAGGAUCUCGGGUAUGCGAACAAGAGUCCAUACGUUUCUCGACGAGUUCAUUGAAUCGCUCUGGCAAGUUUUCAACGAACCCCAGUAAUAGCCACCGGCGGCCAGAAGAUGGAAAGUCAAACUUUCAGAAAGUAGCCCCAGCUGAACGGAUACCCUUCAAAAAGUCAAGCAUGAAAACAGCAUCGAAGUCCACCAAGCCACGGAUUUCCCGGUCGAUUAGCUUUGCUUUACGCGGGCUAGGCCCAACUCCACCCCGAGCAAUUGCAAGUACGGAAAUUAAUAACGAACAUGCCAAGGGCCUGUCAACGACAAGUAAGAAACUGCUUAGUGCUGCAGAACAACCCUCAAACGCCAUCAUCAAUUCGCCUAUAUCAGAUAGCGUUUCCAGCCCUACCUUCAACACCGCAGAGCUCCCUCUGGUAAAUGUUACGCCUUCUACAGAGAACGCAAAUACUACUCCUUCAAAACCCAUUUCAAUCCGAAUCGCGAAUAAAAAAACGAUGGACGAGCAUAAUAUGGGCCCCAAUGAAGUUGAUGGCUCAUUUUCAACUACCUCAACAGAAGUGCCUUUCGAUCGAGGACCGAAUGAAGAAAUCCAUGGGCCAUUCCCAAUGACCCGUACGGGUCCCAGGUUUGGUUUAACUCAUAAUGCGAGCCAAGAUGAAGCACCUAUUGCUUUAUCUCCAACGAAGGCGCUGUCUCCAUGGAUUUUACCUGUUAACCCGUGCAAACCACCUAAACGUGGACCCACGCGAUCCAGUUGGUUCGGUCGCUGGCAGCAUGUCUAUCCGCGGAUGCCAAGCACGGCGUCUGUAAAGUGGAAGAGCCUAAAGUCGCCGGCAAUUCUUCCACUGACAACAGAGGAAUUUCCCACAAGCGAAGAACUCGCUUCUCAGUAUUUUCAGACCCCGUACAGAGUCUACCAAAAUGACGAGUCCGAUUUCGCAGAAACGCCUAGAACCCGAGAGGCACUUCUACGUGAAAUGGUGGCAUUGCGCCUUGCCCAUGGUUUCCAGAUCGACGUUGGGAAGUUAGUUAACGAAGCAUCAGGCCAGCAUUCACUAGGAUCGCUAAAUAUAUUCAACACCCGCUCAUUAUCCAAAGAUGGGACGACCAUUUUUAUGUCUAUGGGCAACAUCAUCCACAAGUUGGUUUGUGUUGCCGGAGGGGAGAUAGAAGUUACAAAAUUCACACGUAAAACGGUGACCGAUUUCCUUUCUAACGCAAAGGCUUUUGCAUUCAAUUACACUCCUGUCGUUAAAACAAUAUUGAGUGCAAACUAUUGCAAAAAUACUAUAAAUUUGCAAUUACCUCGAGAAGAUUACAACUGGAAUUAUGCGGACGCUUUUCUGGCAGGCUAUCGGGACCACUUAACCAAUUGCGCGGAACAACUUCGUUUCUGGCGCACGCGUUUCGUUCUGAUACCCGUUCAGAUACCCGCAAACGCAAGACGCCCAAUGCAGUCAUAUAAAGAGGAUAAUGAAGAGGAAAUUCAUCUUCUUGGCAUCACUCAACUCACUCAAAUAUGGCAAAAGUAUCGGUAUGUUCCGCCAGAGGAAAAACGACUGCAGGCACCGACUUACAAAAAGGACCAAAACCCAUUGAAUAUUAUAUAUCAAACUAGCAAUCCGUCUGAGGUUGUUGCUGCUGAACUUGAUAGACUGUUGCUUGAUGAUCCACAUCUUGAUAGUCCUUCUCUACAAUUGCUACCAGAAUCCGAAUUACUUCAACGAUCCAACAUUAGUCUUGCUGUCUUGGCGCAGGCUAUACAGGGCGAGAAGGGGGUGAGGAUGAUGGAUAGAAGAUGGCAUUGGCGUCUUCAUUAUAACUGCUUUGUUGGAUUAGAGCUUACUACUUGGAUGCUGCAAAAUUUCCGCGAUAUCGAUACUCGCGAGGAGGCAGUUGAGUUUGGAAAUGAGUUGAUGAAGCAUGGGCUUAUUUGUCACGUCCAGCGAAGGCAUAAUUUCAGAGACGGCAAUUAUUUUUACCAGAUCACCGAUGAAUAUCGCAUAGCUCGGCCAGAAUCUCGAAGCGGUUGGUUCCAGGCUCGAAAAUCGGUUCCUAACACUCCCAUGGGAGAGGGUGUAGCUCAGACUGCCCAGGACAAAGCAGAUAACGGGGCGGGAGAGACUGACAGUAGGGCCAACACGCCUACCCAGGGGAAAUCUCCGAGAACAAAAGCCUCAGUGUGCCUGUCAAAGUCUAUGAAGAUUGACGUCGACACUCGUAAGCGUUCAACCCGCCCUGAAACAAUUGAGCUUCACUAUGACCGGCUUCACAAUCCCGACAAUUGCUUCCACAUCGAACUCAGUUGGAUGAACGCAACGCCCAAGCUUGUGGAAGAUGCAAUUGUAUCGUGGGCUGCAACCGCGGAAAAGUUCGGUCUCAAACUAGUUGAAUUACCGAUAUCUGAGGCUUCUUCCAUCGUCGAAACCCAAGUUUUCCGGCGCCCAUACCCAGUCAAGCUAGCAAUUGAACCCCCAGACAGCCCAUCGCCCAACGUUUAUAGCUCCACCUUAUUCGGAUCUCAAGGCAUAGCCGACCGCCACUUCUAUCACAAGGCAAUCCUGAAAAAGUUUGACUUCGUCCUUGACUUUGAAGCUAUACACUCUUUCCCUCCGGAUGUAAACGUGUCAUAUUCCUGGGGUCGACUGGACUAUCACCUCCCCCAGUAUGUCCACCGAACCGGUGCCGUCCUCGCUCAGAUUACAAAUGACGGCUGCUUCCUUCUGCUCGCGAACCGACUCUACAGCGCUCGAGGACCUGUCGCCAAGGAACCUGGGCGUUUCGACAGAAGUGAGUUCUACCGCCCCCGUGCUGCAACAUAUGAUGCCUUGGACCGUGGUGGCUCGCCGCAUUUAUCGCCUGCAGUCCGCGCAUCACUUGACACCUCAUCCGGGCCUGUUCCCCAGUCUGAACUUCCCUCUUCCUAUCGAAUUACUAGGGAGAUCGGAGCAGAGAUUAGAGCCUUCUGUAAUGAUGUCGAGCGGCUGCAGAAAUUCUACAAGGACGCAGCGGUUCACGCAAAACCUACUUCAUCCAAGGUUACCCCGAGUGCACCAUCUACGAUGGAUUCGUCCAUUCCGACCUUAGAACUGCCGGCCAGCCUUGUUGCGCGGCACGUUCCUUCACCACCAAUUAUGGAAGUUCAAGAGACAGGUGCGGUGUCGAUUGAUAACAGGAUGCAGAUCUGAAAAUAAAUUGAAUAAUGAUAUAGAUAAUUAAUAAAAAACUGAAAAAAAUCUGUAAAACUGAGAGAUGAAAUAAUUAUUAAAAAUAAUUACAGUUAUUCUAUCAAUUAAGUUAAAAAUAGAGUUGAUGAUGGAUUGAUGUUCUUAGAGUAGUUGGUUGUAUUAUGAGGCAGAAGCAGUCAGCUCACAGAGAGGCAAUCUGACACUCCUCUUCACUGCUGCUCUGCCUGAGUAAAUGUUUGCAAUCUAGCAGAGCAGCUAUAUAACUAGAAAAUGAGAUUUACAUAUAAGAUUGAGAGUGUCUUCUACUGAAAGGUUCACAGAAGAGAAAAUAAAAGAGAGAGUGUGGUUCGGAAGAACGUCCGACCGCCGGAUAAUAAUGCGGCCGCUUCCGAAUACG